AUGAGCAACAUCACCCUUAUCCCCCAGGCUUUUCCCACACCAAAAGAACGAGACAAAAUCAUUAACCUAUACAAACAUCUCCGCUUAGCAGGCCUUAAACAAGACCCAAAAGCUUUUUCAGCAACAUACGAGGCUGAAGCAGAGUUUCCAUACGAAAAGUGGCUGUCCCGGAUUCAAAACCCGCAAGCACGGACCUUCAUCGCGCUGAAGAGGGAUGAUACCGUUCAUUCACCGGACGAUGGGUUGACUGCCCUUUUAUCGAGGGAAUGGCUGGGGACUGUGACCAUCGUAGGCCCAAAAUUCGCGUUUAGCAGUGAAAUUGAUCUCAACGCGCCGUGGAUGGUAUUUACGGAAGGUGAUCGGUAUACGACACCACCAGCGAAUGAUACAGACGCCGUCGCCGUGUAUAUGAUUACUGGCAUGUUUGUGCUCCCAGCGUCGAGAGCGAAGGGGAACGGUCGCCGACUCGUUGAAGAGGCUGUCAAAUAUGCCCGGGGCGCUUCUGCUACAAUGCGAACUCUACUGGUCCUACUGGUCGAAGCAGACAAUGAAGCUGCAAGGAAAUUCUACGAACGAUGCGGGUUCCAGAAGUGCAAUGAGGAAGUGGUGUUGGGUGGACACAACACAGUCGGGAUGAUUCUGGACACUGGUAAAUAA